AUGUCAAGUCUAAAGAGGAGAGCAUCAGAAGUAAGUCAUAUUGAGGCUGAUGAACCAGUAGCGAAGAAGAGUGCGGAGUCAGCCGUUGAACGGGAAGACGAGAAGCUUCAAGCGUCCCGCGGCGAUGAGGAAGAAGAGAAGGAAGAAGAGAAGGAAGAAGAGAAGGACGAAGAGGAAGACGAAGAAGAGGACGAGGGUGAGAGUGUGGAUGAGGAGUCCAACGGAGCUGAUAUUAAUAAAGCAAACUCUGGCAGUACCGCAGCACACGAUAUACACAUUGUGAGAGAGACAGCUGAGCUUUUCAAAUCCAACAUCUUCAAAUUACAGAUCGAUGAGUUACUGCAGCAGGUUAAGUUAAAAGACUCCCACAUACUAAAGGUGGAAAAGUUUUUGCAUAUGCUACACGACAUGAUAAAUGAGGUGCCCGAUUGGGAGGAGAUGACAAUUGCAGAGGCCGAUAGUUUUUUUAAAAACAAAGUUGUCACCAUCCCUUACGUUGAUCCCAAACCAGAUUCCAAUGCAACGAACUACAAAGUUAGCUAUAAGAGGCCUUCUAUUUCAUUAAUAGGAUCAUUCGCGUUGAAAGCCGGGAUCUACGAACCUACUGGGUCAACUAUUGACGUUUUGUUGUCAAUGCCACAAGAAUUGUUUGAAAGAAAAGAUUUUUUGAACUUCAGAUGCCUACACAAAAGAAGUGUGUACGUGGCAUACUUGACUCAUCAUUUAUCAAUUCUCAUCAAGAAGCAAAAGCUUGAUAAUUUCCUCAAGCUGGAAUACUCAUAUUUUAAUAACGAUAAACUACAGCCGAUUCUGAGACUUUAUUGCAAACAGUCAUCCUCCGAUACUGUGAAUUCCGAAUAUAAUUUUUACAAGACCAAGUUUUCUAUCAAUUUAAUAUUUGGGUUCCCAUAUAAGUGCUUUGAUGCAAAAAAAUUACUGCCAAAUAGGAAUUGUAUUAGAAUUGCACAAGAGGAUCAAAGUGUUGUUUUGCCGGCCACUCCGCUAUACAAUUUUUCGGUGUUAUCAUCAACAACCUACGAUAAUUAUUUGAAGUAUCUUUACAAGACAAAGAAGCAGACAGAAUCAUUUAAGGAGGCCACAAUUCUUGGUAGAUUAUGGUUAAAACAACGCGGGUUCUCUUCAAAAAUCUCACAUUGUGGUUCAUUAGGCGGAUUCGGCACGUUUGAAUUCGGAAUUUUAAUGGCAAGUUUACUAAAUGGUGGUGGUGUAAAUGGAAACAAAAUUUUACUGCACGGUUUCUCCUCAUAUCAAUUAUUCAAAGGUAUCAUAAAAUAUUUGGCAACUAUUGAUCUUUGUACGGAAGGUCACUUGCAAUUUCAUUCCGAUUCAGUAACACCUUCAAAAUAUGUUGAAGAGGGUUUCGACACACCAACUAUUUUCGAUAAAACAACAAAAGUAAACAUUUUAAGCAAAAUGUCAACAUCUUCUUACCAAAUGCUUAAAAUGUAUGCUCGAGAAACGCUUGUAAUGCUUGACAAUGUUGUUCAAGACCAAUUUUCCAAUGUAUUCCUGAAAAAUAUUAACAAGGUGGAUAAUAUAAAGUAUGACCUUUGUUAUGAUCUGCUCUUGCCCACAACCAACAAAACCAAUGCGGAUGAUUUACUGAACCUAGAAUUUGGCCCUACGGAGAGGAUUAAAUUCAUCACAAUGGAAAACUUCCUCGUUAAUAAAGUCACCAACGUUGUGAAAUAUGCACUAGAUGAUAGAAUCAAGCAUUUAGAAGUUGAACUAGUUGGACAAAAAAACAGUUUUCCAAUAACCAAGAGAAAAGUUUAUCCUAAUAAUGGAUCGCAUUUGAAUCUAGAUUCGAUAAAAAUAAAAUUACUCGUCAAUUCAGCCGAGUGUGAAAAACUAGUGACGAGAGGCCCAAUACAUCUAGAAGAGCCUACCGCGGAAGCUAAUGAAUUCAAAAAUUUUUGGGGUAAGAAGUCCUCUCUUCGUCGUUUCAAAGACGGCUCCAUUACACAUUGCUGUAUAUGGACAGCAUCAUAUUCAGAACCAAUAGUUUCAUCUGUUUUAGAUUAUGCUCUUAAAAGGCAUAUAAGCGAAGGAUUAUGCAUUAAAAAUGAUAGCACAAAAUACUUUCAAGAGUUGCUUCCCUUGCCAAACUUAGCAGCUAGCACAAGAAUGUCAGUUUUGAACUUAAACAGCUUUCACACUGUGAAAAAGUCUUUUGAUGAUCUUUACAGCAUCGUAUUCGCCAUGAAACUUCCUUUAUCGGUUAAAUCUAUAUUGCCAGUUGGUUCUGCAUUUAGAUAUACAUCAGUAUGCCAACCGGUACCAUUUGCAUAUUCAGAUCCAGACUUUUUUCAGGACGUCAUUUUAGAGUUUGAAACCUCACCAAAAUGGCCAGAUGAAAUAACCUCUUUAGAGAAAGCAAAAGCAGCAUUCCUCUUAAAAAUUCACGAUGAUAUAGCAGAAAAACAUGAGGAGAAAUACAAAUCUUUCUUCACAAGAGAUGAGUCUAUCCCUUAUAACAUGGAGAUAAUGGUGUUAAACAUUUUAACCCCUGAAGGCUAUGGUUUCAAAUUCAGAGUACUCAGCGAGCGCGAUGAAAUACUCUAUUUAAGGGCAAUUUCGAAUGCAAGAGAGGAAUUAAAACCAGAGCUGGAAUCCACUUUCCUAAAAUUUACUGCGAAGUAUCUGGCUUCAGUAAGACAUACCAGAACAAUUGAAAAUAUUUCGCACUCUUACCAGUUCUUCCCUCCUGUCGUGAGAUUAUUCAAGAAGUGGUUAGAUGCUCAUUUACUUUUAGGUCAUUUAAGUGACGAGUUCGUCGAGUUACUCGCCAUCAAACCAUUCGUGGACCAUGCCCCUUACAACAUACCUGGAUCGGUAGAGAACGGCUUCUUGAAAGUUUUGCAAUUCAUUAGUAAUUGGAACUGGAAAGAGGAGCCAUUGAUACUGGAUCUCAUCAAGCCUGAAGAGGAACUGACCUCGGGGCUCGAUACAGCAAGCUCUGAACUCGACAGCAGAACAAUGAAAAAACUUUCCGAAAAACUUACCUUAUCCCAGUACAAAGGUAUACAGACAAACUUCAGCAAUUUGAGAAAUGGUGAUCCAAACGGCUUACAUCUGCAGUUUUUCGUUGCGUCCAAAAACGAUCCAAGCGGAAUCCUGUAUACGAGUGGAAUUCUUCUACCGAUCGCCACGAGAUUAACGGCGUUGGCAAAAGUUGCAAUGAAUCUAUUGGGAAUCCAUGGUGUAAACAAACAAACUAUCAAUCUACUAUUCACUCCAGCAUUGAAAGAUUAUGAUUUUGUCGUACAACUGAAAACACCUUUGCCAUUAAAAGUGCCAUCAGGAAUCUUAGAAUUAGCUGAAUUCAAGAAUUUGGCAAACAAUCAGUUAGCAAAAAGCUUUCCUUCUGAUUUGGCUAAACUAAGUGAUAAAAUGGAUCCUACAUUCCAAUUAGUAAAAUAUUUGAAUAUGAAAUAUCACAACAGUAUGAUUUUCUUUAGCCACAGAUAUGUGGCUGUAAACGGCGGGGAUAAAGGUGACAGAAAUGUGGUGACUGGACUAAUAAAACCACUUUUCAAGAAACCAAGCAAGUUUAGGGUGAACAUCGAUUGUAAUAUUGAGCCAUUAGAUGAUCAAAUUGUCCAAUUGAACAAACAGGCGAUUUUCCAUGAAAUUGCCUCUUUUAGCAAUGAUUUAGUCAUCGAAUUCGAAACGGAUUAG